AUGGAUAAAGUUGUGGAAGCAAUCAAUGUCCCAUGCCCAGACGCCAAUCAUGGCUGCCCAAAGAAAUUCUCUUAUGGCAAAGAGUUAGUCCAUCAAGAUGAUUGCUAUUUUACUCGGUGCUACUUUCCUACACCAAACCGCAACUACAUGGACGUGUACGAGAUCUCUACCGUCAUUACAAUACCAGCCACAAGGCUAGUUGCUCAAGGUUCAUGUGUGGAAAUUACGAUGAUGCAUGGUUACACAUCAUGCUUCAAGGAGGAACAUGGAUUGUAUGUGACGAUGAACUGUACUGCACCUAUUACUCAAGGAGUUGGGGAAUUCUGCUACGAUACCAUCUAUGUUGUAAAAAGAAAGAUAGUAUAA